AUGCAUGAUUCAGAGGUUGUCCCGAGAGCUAACCCAGCAAAGGUGAAGGAUGAUUCCGGCAUAUGUUUUAAGCGUUUGAGGAAGAUGAAGCAGCGAUUGGUAAGUGAUGAUGAGGAGGAGCAACCGGAGGUGCAGGAGGUGCAGGAGAGUGAAGAUGAUAUGGGUGGUGGGGAGCUGGACGAAGACAAUAGCAGGCUACGGAAUACACAUGGUGUUUAUCCAGGAGACUACCUGUGGAACCGACGAAGCAGGGAUGAAGGGUUGGAUGAAGGUGGUGGUGCGGAUGCAGCAACCACGAAGCAGCAGAGUAGGGAGUCGGUGGAGGAAAUGCAUGGAGAGGCAAGGACGGUUGCGGCACAAAGGGGAGCAGUGAAGAGGUCGGCCUCGCUUGGGAGAGGUAGGGAGGUUAGGAAGGAUGACGAGAGGAAUGGUGCUGUUGCCCUUGGUCGCUCUCCAUUUGCUGAAAGGACAGAGAAUGUCGGGAAGAAGGCGCGUGACACGCAGGGGAAGAAAGCGGGCGGGAGGGAAAGUGAAAGAAGCAGCGAGAAGGGUAGAGAGAAGGGUAGAGAAAAAUCUGGAGAGAAGGUAAGCGAGGAGAUGGAGCGAGAGAAGUCGCAGGUGGGAGGGAAGGCUCUUGCUAGAUCACACAGUGGAAAGCGGGCCUCUGUGGCUUCUUGGAUUCCUGCAAACGCCCCCUCCACUGCUGCUGCUGUUAGCGGAUCCAAUGCUGCUGCUGCUGCUGCUGCUGCUGCUUCAGUUCCUGCAGUCUGUUCCUCUGCUUCUGCAGUUCCCACAGACAGUGCCUCUGCUGCGGCACCAGAGUCAUGCAUCCACGAGAAGCAGCGCGAGUGGGAGAUGAAGGCGGCGAAAGCGGUGGCUGAUUUGGAGGAGCUCGCGAAUGAGAAGCUGGGGGAUGGCGUGGGGUCCAGGUAUACCGUUAAGCUCAGAUCCGUGCGAGCAAAUCUCAAGAGUGGGAACUGCCUUUCGCGUCGCUUCGUUUUGGGCGAGCUCUCGCCAUCAGUCGUGCUCUCCAUGUCACCAGAGGAGCUCAAGGACGGUCUGACGAGGCGGGAGAAGGCACUGAUUGCUCCGCCUGUUGCCAGGCCCAGGCGCAGCGAGUGUUUGCAGUGGGUGGGGAUACGGUGCUCCCAGUGCAGCUUGCGGGGGGACCGGCAGGUGAAGAUUCUGGAUAUCCUCAACAGCCCCAAGGGGCAGCAGUACAAGCUGGAGUGUGCAACGUGUGGUCACGAGUGGUUCCUCUCUGCUGACGCUGUCCUCGCCGCCUCUUCGCCUGCAAAACCUGCUGUUCCCCCUCGUGGUCCCUCUCGUUUUGGUGUAACUCGUAACAAUGUCGUGGCUGCUGCUUCUGGUGCUGCUCCUGCUGCUGCUGCUGCUGCUGCUCCGCAUGAUCCCGCAUUUCUUCGUGUGACUCGUAACAAUGUCCCUGCUGCUGCUGCUGCUGGUGUUGCUGCUGCUGGUGUUGCUGUGGCUGGUGCUGCUGCCGCACCUCCCCAUGCUCCCUGUCCUCUUCGUGUGACUCGUAACAAUGUACCUGCUGCUGCCGGUGGUGCUGCUGUUGGUGCUGUUGGUGGUGGUGCUGCUGCUGCUGCUGCCGGUGGUGGUGGUGCUGCCGCUAUUGCCGCUGCUGCUGCUGCUGCCGUCGCUGCUGCCCUUGGAGCUCCUGCUCCUGCUCCUGUUCCUGCUCCUGCUCCUGCUCCUGCUCCCGCUCCCCCACCUCGUCCUGCUCGUGCUCCUCCUCCUCCUGGUCGCCCUUCUCCUCUUCCUCCCGCUGUUCCUCCCCCUGCUCCUCCUCCUCCUCCUCCUGCUCCUCCUCCUGCUCCUGCUCCUGCUCCUGCUCCUGCUCCUGCUCCUGCUCCUGCUCCUGCUCCUGCUCCUGCUCCUGCUCCUGCUCCUGCUCCUGCUCCUGCUUCUGCUUCUGCUCACCCCCCUAUCACUCGUCAACCAUCCACCGAAUCCACUCUGGAUGCUGUCAGCCCAGGCUUCUCUGCCAGUGUGAGUCCAGGUGCGGUGUAUGCUGGUCACGGGGUGUGGGCGGGUGCUGCUGACUGGGAAGGAGUCAACCCGGGUCAAGGAAAGAGGGUCAACGCUGGUCAAAGAGAGGAGAUCAAAGGGAUCCGUGAUUCACGGCAACGAAGGCGGUUCACAGAUCAGCCUCCUGAGCAGCAGCAGGAGCAUUGUGAGCCGACUGGUAUCCACACAGAAUGGUCUCAACAGCAGCAGUCGCAGCCACAGCAGCAACAAGAGCAGCAGCAGCAGCAGCAGCAGCAGCAGCAGCAGCAACAGCAACAACAGGAGUCAAGGGAGAAUCAGCCUCAGCAUGUGCAGCAAAGGCAGCAGCAUCAGCAACCCCAUGAACCAUAUCAGCAGCCGUAUCAACAGACUCCAGCCUCUAUCUCAGCCCAUUCUCCUCACACCAUUCCUCCCUCCAACCGUUCUCACGUUUUCGCCCAGCUUUCCCCAUCCUCCCACUCCGCUCAUCCUCCUACGGUGGCUGUUUCUAAUCCUUCUCUAAGAGCCAUCACUCCUGGUCUCUUUCCUCCCUCCUCGCCCACACACACCCCCGUGUCUGCUCCACCCACCACCACUGCUGGAGCUUGCACCGGUCAAUUCUCCGUUGCAGCUGCUCCUGCUCCGGCUCCUGCUCGUGCUCCUCCUCCUCCUGGUCGCCCUCCUCCUCUUCCUCCCGCUGCUCCUGCUCCUGCUCCGGCAGCAGGGACAGCAGUGCUAACAGGCAAGGGAGAAGCACAGUUAAUGCCAGCAGUGGGACGGCACCGAUCAACCAGCGUGGUGAACUGCACUGGACCGCACACAAGACCUGCAAACCACAGUGCACCAAUUGUUAAGCCGGUCAUGAGGAUUCCUGGCAGUACUGGCGUGUAUGCUGCUGGUGGUGAAGCAUGUGUUGACACCAACAUUUGGAAUUCUGCUGCUGCGCCUGCUACUGCUGUUACUGCAACUGCUGCUACUGCUGCUGCUACUGCAGCUACUGCUGCUUUUAGUCCAAGAUAUAGCACUUUUGAGCCGACUCAGAAGUCAUCUCCUGGUAGGCCAAGGCAUGACGCAGCCAGUGAGAGGGGUGGAGGUUAUAUGAUGUCACCAGGAAAAUCAGCAGCAGGAGUAGCAGCCGGAGGAGUGUUUACACCAGCUGCAGCAGUGAACCUGAUUGACCUGACUGAGAGGGAUCAUGCCUUCACACUCCCCAAGUCACCUGACUUUUCACCUGAUGUUCGGGAUCCCCCACCUGCCCUCAAGCCAGCUUCACCCCUAGUGUCAGCUUCACUUGCACCCUUUCCUUCACCGCUUGCUUCGGCUUCCCGUGCCGUGCGCCCAUCCUCGCCUGUGGUGAUUAAUCUCGACGACAUUGAUGACUUUGACAGCUCUUAG